AUGCGGAGACUGAGAAGAGGCCUGAGGAACGACUCGAAUCUGAUCCCUCAUCGUCUGUACUCCAAGUACAGGACACGAUCGUUUACGACCUUGAUAUCUUACGAGAGUUACGAAACCUAUGACACCAACGACACGAUCUCGAGUCUCGACGAUAACUUAACGCCAGCCCAGAAGACGAUGAAGAUCUUCGGACUGACGGAGCAGGACAUCGCUGACGCUCGUGCUAGGAUCAGAGAAAGAGAGAUCCACAGAAGAUUGACAGAGGAGGAGGACGAAACGUUCGCGAAGAGUCCUAGAGACUUGUCUCGGUUCUUCAUCAACAGCGAAUACGACUUAACCGCGAUGAGAGACAGAGUUACGCAGGAUGAAGCUACGAAAGACGAUAUUGAUAUCAAAGACGAAGCUAAAAUAAUUGAAGAUACAAAAGACGAAGAUGCGAAGGACAAAAUUGCAGAGUCCGAAGAUGCGAAGGAUAAAGUCACAGAAGUAGAAGACACGAAGGACAAGGACACUGAAGACAAAGUUAGAGAUGUUGAAGACAGCAAGCAGAAAGUUAGGAAAAUCGAAGACACGAAGGAUAAGGACACCAAAGACAAAGUUAGGGAUGUUGAAGACACGAAGGAUAAGGACACUGAAGACCAAGUUAAAGAUAUCGAAGACACGAAGAAUAAGGACACCAAAGACAAAGUUAGAGAUGUCGAAGACACGAAGGAUAAGGACACUGAAGACCAAGUUAAAGAUAUCGAAGAUACGAAGGAUAAGGACCCCAAAGAUAAAGUUAGAGACGUUGAAGGCAGUCAUGAGGAAAUUACAAGAAUCGAAGAUACGAGGAAGUUUACGAAGAUCGAAGACUUGGAAAACCUAAUUACGAUGAUCGCAAUCAGAAAGAUCGAAGUCAUGAUGGAUGGACCCGAGGAAGAAGUAAAGGAUGAACUUGUAAUAAUCAAAACUGCGGAAGACGAAGCUACGAACGAAGUCAGCGACGAGAAUUCUAUUCCAAGUCGUUCAUCAGCUUCCUCGAUCACGAGCAGCCACGUCGAAGUACUGCAAGACAGUGAAGAAACUUGUGACAAAUCGGACACACCGCUGAGCCAAUGUUCCUCUACGAAGAAGAGGAAAAGCAUGGACUCUUUCGAGACGAAAGACACGAAGCAAAUGAAGCUCUGUCCUUCUUACCAGGGGGACGAAGCGGAGCAGUCCGACUCGAAGAGCCAGGACACAGAACACGCGAAAAGCGUCGAGAAAGCUAGCAGUCCUGUAAAGCUGCAAACGCUGAUGAACUGUAACUGUAUCGUGGAUGAAGAUUUGUAUAGGGAAAACAUGGAAGAGUACUGCUUGUCGAAUAGAACCGCUAUGAAGACCUCGACGCCGAACGAGAGCGUCGAAACUGACAAAAUGGAGUACGUGGACAGCGACGUGGAGAGCUCGAGGAACAUGUCGUACAAAUCCUGCAUCGAUGUCUCUCAUGAUACUGAGCUCGUGGUCUGUACCAAUCAUCCAUUGACAGAGAAGUUGCUGCAAAAUGAUCUGGAAAUAUUGAAGAAUGUCAAGAAGGAUGAUCAGAGAUUGGAGAGCGAUUCGACAGCUAGCAAAUCAGAGAUGAAGGCUUCCACGAUGUUGCACAGCGAGUUUGGUGUGCUUCCAGAAUCGUCUACGGUACGAUCUGUGGUCUCAAUCGAGGCUCAGAAUCUGGUAGACAUAGUGAGAGACCUGGGUAAACCGAAUGUGACGAAUUUGGGAAAUUUAAAGGGUAAGGAUGAAGAAAAUAGGACGAACCCGAAGCCUGAGAAGAAGGAGAUACCGAAGAGUUUGGUUUCGAUGUCUGUUAUUCAUAGUGAAAUUCAGAGAAGCAAGAUAGAUUGUCCCAAGCAGGAUACGAAGAAAGACGUAUCAAAGGUAAACAUCCAAAGGCUCUUCCAGGACUCGAUGAAGGUGUUCGAUGGUUGCUAUGAAAAGGACUUCGCGACCAAUAUGGAAGUGCAGUGUCUGCUUCAGCAGAUGGAGAAGAAAGAGUGGAGUAUAUUCCCCGGCCAGCAUGACCAGGAAAUGCUGAUACCUUCGACUUUAUCGAAGCAGAGCGAUCGAGGCAACAAGUCAUCAGCGAUGCAAGACGAGACCAUAACUUCUCAUCUGAAUACUGAUCUCAAGGAGAUAACGAGAUACCAAAUCCCAUUGUGCAUCAGCUCGAAGAUCAGCUACGAACACCUCAUGUCCCAAAUGGUGCAAGUGAACGAGAAAUCCCUUGUGAACGUGUCUGGUGCACCAGUCGAGGUUCAUAAACUCGUUCAAUCCAGCUCGACGAAGAGCGUUUACGUGCAGACCGACGAUAAUCACUACCUUCAGCACCUAGGAAGCUCCAGCACGAGUCUGGCAGAGUCAAGGAAACGCAGGAAGACAUUCUUGAAGCACAAACGAUUGAAGGAACAAUCGAGAAGCGUCUCUCCGAUCUCCACUCAUUACGAUCGUAAAACCGAACCACGAGGGUCGAUAAGGAAGGACUAUGGCAAGUUUCCAGCACGCCAGAAACCGAGUAGACCUAACGACAACCAGCAGAAACAGGUUAACCCAGCUAAAUCGCAAUCGGACAAGAACAUCUGCGAAUGCAAGGUGUCGCAAACCGAGAGCAAACAGACACUUGCUACGGACUCGAAACCCGACAGGAAGUACGACAACAGGAAGAACCAGGUGAAGAACAACGCAGAAACCUUCGGAACGAUCCCUUUGUCGCAGGUAGUUCGUCCAUCGAUGUUCGAUUCGGUGACCCAUCGCAAGAAGCCUCCAGUGUACCCCAAGAAGCCCAAGAACGAGGUCCUGGCGCAGUCCAGCGCCCCUAGCGGCAACCCUAGAAAGUGCUCGACGUUGAAGAAGUAUCUGGAAACGUCAAAGAAACAGAUAGACAAACAGUCGUCGAAUAAUUCGAAGAAAUACAGGUGGAAGAACAGGUUGAAGUCUCUGGAGGAACAGGAGGCUCGAGAAAUGAGGGCUCUGAAAGCUUACAACGAGAUCACACUGUUGAAAGACAAACAGGAGCUUGAAACCAAGAGGAAACUGCGGUUAGAGGGGAAUGUGACGGAUGUAGGUCCAGAGACCUCUAAACCUCGACCUUCCUCUAAGAAGAAUAACCUUGAACGCGUGAAGAGGAACGUACCUCGAAAUGUGGAACUGAUAUACGAUGACUACCUGGGCAAGGAGAACCUGUAUGUGGAUGUAACCACGGAAACGACUGCUCCUUACAGAGACAGCAAGAAAACUGAGACCUUCAGCGUUGGACGAGCGUCGUUCAACGAAAAGUAUCCUUGUCCCAAGUUGUCUAAGGUGAACAAAGUCGCUGACAAGCUGCUGGAUAACUUCGACAGGCUGCAUGGCGAGUACGCGAGGCAGGAUGCGAGGAAGACUAGGCAGACUGUGGAAGCUGACACCAGAAAGCUAUACACGAAAUACAGCAGACCUAAGAAAUUGGUCGAGGACGAGAACGUUUCGAUAGGUUCUAUGAAGAAGUUAGAGGGUACCCAGACAGGCCGCGAGUUGGAAAGAACACCUGCUAAGGAAGAUAUCAGGAAUCCGAAGCUUUCCGAGGAGUCUUCUGAUAAGGGUGAAUCAACGUCGUCUGAUGACCUUCGCGUCGUGGAGACUAUGCUUAACGAUAAUUACGAGGAGUCUUCGACUUCUGUGGACGUCGUACACUUUGCGGCGCAGGCUGAUCAGUCGCUGAUGAUUAAGUCCACUAUACUUCAAGACAUGGCUUCGUCCUGCUCCUUCGCUACUGCUGAUCAAGAGAAUGAGAAUGAGCUCUCUAUGCAAGAUGACCUAAGCGUAACAAGGAACAAAGUCCAAAUAACGCUCGAAAUCGAGGAGUGCAAAGGAAAAUUCCAAAUAACCCUGGAAGCUAAAGACCACGAAAUUGAAUUGGAGCCUCAAAUGGACACGAAAGACAGUGAAGAAAUCGAAAGUGAGAUCAAAAUAGUACCAAAUAUUGAAGAGUACCAUAGACAAGACCAAGCAAUACCAGAAAUUGAAGAGUACCAGGAACAGUCUCUAAUAAUAACAGAGAUCGAAGACUCCGAAGACCAAACUGAAGUAUCAAAAAUCGAAGAACUUGGAAAACCAACCCAAGAAAUAUCAGAAAUCGAAGACCUUGAAAAACGAGUCCAAGAGGCGCCAAAAGUUGAAGACCAAACAAAUCUAACCCAAGAAACGCCAAAAUUCGAAGACCACCAGGAGCCAGCCCAGGAAUCGCGAGAAGCUGAAAGCGAUAGAAGAGAAGAAAGUGAAAAAUCCGAAGAUUCGAACGACAUUUCAUCGCUGUCUUUUGUAGAGUCCAUAGACUAUGAAAAUCAAGUGCCAAGCGGAGCAGAAAUAGCAGGAGCUAGGAGACACAACAUCGAAGUGGUGCCAAGCGAAUUUGACAGAAGCCCGAGAGUGCUGACCAGAAAUCUAUCAAGUCUGACGAGGGACUUCGACACAAGCUACUCGAACAACGGCAUCAACCUAAACGUGAUGAGCGACAUCGUGGGCCAGGGCACCAUCACAGCGAUCCACAACGCGUUCUUCAGUCAAUCCUCUGACACCACUUUCAACCUGACCGGCGAGAUCCUGACACUGAACGACUCCUUGAACAACAGACAUAACGAGACCCCAGUCGACGAGUUCAUCUUCCACCCUGACAGGAUAUCCACGGGUCUCUCGACGCAGGACCUGCCUCCUCAGCCACACGAGGAAGACACAGAGCUGUCGUUCAUCUCGGCAAUCAUUCGACAGUUUCAUAAUUUGCAAGAAGAUCACGGAGAAGGGCUCUUCAGUCGGUUUAUCACUUCUGCCGAGCAGGAAGGUCUGUCUAUCAGCUUCGAGACGAUAGAUCUGGCAGACAUCGCCGACAAUGUCGACAUCGCACAGAUGAUCGUCAAUGAACUUGGACUCAACAACCCGAGAAUCCUGAAUCUCCGUGGAUUCAACUUGGGGAACAUCCUUGGGAUACCCGAGUUUCUUCGUGACCCCCUGAACGACGACGAGGAAGAAACAGUGGAAACUGACGAGGAAGACGAAGAAGAAACAGCAAGAGUUGACGAAGAAGAUAAAGAAGAAGAGGAUGAAGAAGAAAACAGGCUGUCGAUAGAGGAAGCCAAGGUGUUACGGUUCAUUAAAGAGGACAUUUUUACGAAUAUCAAGUUCCCCAUCGUGAUUAAUUGGACUAAUUUAAUAACUAAUGCUUCGACUACUUCGGACGAGUAUCAGGUGAACGUAGAAGAGAUAGACCUGGAAGACUCGAACGUGGAAGAGGUGAACGUGGUACUUCGUCGAGCAGAACCCAGCAAGACAAACUUGUUUUCGUUAAUGGACGACAAGAAUGAAGAAGAGAACGAGUUAGACGAGACGAUGGUGGAAGAAGAAGACGAAGAAAUGAUGAGAACCGAAAGGCUGAAGCACUUGCGAAGAAUUCAGGAAGCAGUGUUCGCAACGGGUCUGUCUUCGAGGCAGGUGUUGAGCGUGAGCGACUACGAAGUUAACGAAGGUAUCCUGAAGCAAGAAAGAAUGGCCACUUGCUCCAACGACUCGUCUUCGAACGGCAAUGUCUUCGCGAAUCUCUGGGGCAACAUUAAGAGGUACAUGCUGGUACACUCGAGGCCUAUCGGGCUUUCCAGAAGUGCUUCACCUGACGAACGUUUGAAAAAAAUUUACGAGACGUUAGAUGAGACUGAUGAAGAGAUCGAGAUCGACGUGGUAGGAAGUACGAACAGCGAGGGGAGGGAGAGGAACGAUGCUGAAGAGAUGAUCGAAAAAAUCAUCAUGAUGGAAGAUGCGGAGAAUGUAGACAGGGAGCAAGAAGAAUAUGAAGGUUUGGAUGAGAGCGAGAAGAUGAGAAGAAAUAUUCGUACGACCAUAUUCGAGAAAGAAGAAAACGAAAAGACAACGAUGGCGGAAGAAAUGUUGGAAGAAAUGCUGGACUACGAAGAGGAGAAUGGCGAAGAAAUAAACCAGGUCGAGAAAGACGAAGUACCUGGUCUCGAAGAGAAAGAAGAAACCGUGCCUUCGAGAGAAGAGAUGUCCUUCUACACGCUGUUCACAUUCUGGCUGCUCGUUUUCUUCUUCUACGUCCGAUAUUUUUCUAGGAAGGUCGUUUCGUUCAAGCAGAGCUCCACAUCCACGACGACCUUGAGACCCUUCGAAAUUCACACAGUGCCAAUAUCGACCUCCACGUUCGGGGAAAACGCAACACUGUUACAGGAGAUCAAAGAAGAACAGGAAAAAGCCGAAGAAAAGAGCGAAGAAGACGAAGUAGACGAAGAAGAAAUAACCCCGAGAAAAUUCGAUAUUCGCGACCUGUCCAUCACCGAAUUGCAAGACCGACAAGAAAUUCGUUCCGAAAGUUUCGUGAUAAAUUCCAUCUCGUCGUUGGAAUUCUUUCUUUCGUCUGAUACCCUGCAAGAUAAUGACAAUGACAAAUUGAGUGCCACUGUGAGUAAAAUUGACGCGAGGAAAUUGCUGGUCACGUGUGAGGAAGAAUUUAAGUCGCAUUUAGAGGAAGAAGAACUGAAUACCUUGCGAUUCGUCGAUGACUCGAGUUCAUCGAGAUCGAUGCUGAACGGCGAGAAAGGAUUGCCUAUCGAUGCACAGGAUGAAACUUCUCGUUUCAGCGAGAAGAUGGAAACGAACGAAGAAGAAAAGCGAAAUGAGGAGGAACCACGAGAGUGUAGCGAGAGAGCAUCGAAAUUAUCUUCUUCGAGAAUUAACGACGAAGAGAAAUUAGAAGGAGAGACGUGUGGGAGUGAGCAAACGAGUAGUCUAGGAGGAAUGACAAUCUCGAAGCAGAAUAUGGAGGAGACUAGAGCGUCUUUGGAAGAGGGAGAGCCUUUCCUGAGUUUGGAAACUCGUAUGCAAAUGGCGGAUAGUUUCGAUUCCACGUAUAACGAUUAUUCCGAAGGAUCGGAGAACUACUUUUCAGUGAUGGAUUUGAACGAGUCCUCGAUGGAAGAAUUUGCGAAUAUAUCGAAUGUAUCGAAUGUAUCGAAUGUAUCGAAUGUAUCGAACGAGUCGGGUAUAUCGAAUGGGUCGAACGGUUCGAUCGAAUCAGAGACACGCGAAGAAAACUCCUAA